AUGUCCCUCGCGUAUCUGUCCAAGGAGCUCUGGCAAAACAUUGCGCUGCAGGUUGUGUUCGACGUCUUGAACGAGUACGACGGCGCCCAUAAACUACCAUUUCCGGACAGCCUACUUCCCACCUCUAUAAACCUCGAGCGUUCUAAACGUGAAGGAUCGUCUGCCACUGAGAUGGGUCCACAAGACCCCAGCAGAUCCGCCCCAUCUUGUACCUCUGUUCAUGGACGGCUCAGCGGACAAACCAAAUUCUGCUAUCGGGAAUGUCCACCACACCGUAAAUCGACGAUACUUGCACUACUCGCCAUCUGCCGCAGACUGCGCGCCGAUCUUAUUGGCCUCCAACCGCUUUGGUCGAAGAUCGCCCUGAUGUUCCCCCAGUUUCUACCCGAUUGCUUGAACUGGGCAGGAAAUGGGUUGGAGUACCCAUAUCGUCUGGAGUCUAUUGGUGGAGUCUGCUCAUGCGUGUUUGCCAUGCUUCUGCCUCGUGUGCGACGUGCCACGCACUUGCGGAUUGCCUUGCCUCUCAAACGCUCAUAUGGGAGGCAUCCAUCUCAGCAGGUCUUUGAUGUAUUUCGAAGUGUUCCAACCCCGCAGAUUGAGCAUCUUGAGAUGCGCUAUGAUCCGUUCUACGACGAUACCAGUGAGAUCGCAGUUGACGAAUUCGACUCAAUUGGACUACCUUCCAUAAAGAAAUUCGUGGGGAUGAACAACCCGCAUAUAGCAUACGGACCACGCUUAACCGUGCUAAGGAUUGCAUUUGAGACGCGGGAUAUCGCGCCUCCUGCCCAUUGGAUAGCCCGUGUUUUAAUACACAGUUCCUUGUUGGAGGAGGUCAGUCUUCAGAUGGCUCUUGGAAACGGCCAUCUUCCUGAUUCCAUGGGUUCAAUACCCCUUCCCCGCCUGAGGUAUCUGCUAUUAUGUGAUCAAUUUGAGCACUGGCAUCCUCUUCGCAAUAAGAUGUCACUCCCGAAAGACGUGUCCUUUCACGCCGAUGUCGUGGUACCCAGCUCCUACCAUCAUCACGCAAUAUUGGGAUCCUUUGCUGAGCGAACCGCUCGAGACUGUCUGCCUUGGUUCACUUCGGGCAAAUUUGUUAUCCUGGAUUAUUGUGAGGUUCGUCGGGAACCACACUCCCCCACUUUCAACUGGCCCGAAUACCUCCGCAUGACCUUCGCGGAAACCGAGAUCGACGUCUGGACCGAGAGGGAUCCCGAUCGGCUGUCCCAGCGCUGCUCGCUGAGCUUCCGGUUUCGCGGGCCUGCGCUUGCAACUAGAUAUCCGGCCCCAGAAUUGGAGGGUCUCCGUGCUCCGAGCGCCGGUACCAUACUCGGCGAUAUCUUGCUCGGCGCCGCUAAAGCGUCUCGCGCCACCUUAUCCCUCAACUUCGCGAAUACCGAGGUCCUUGUCGACAAGGCCGGUAGACGGUCCCAACACAACAAUGUUCCCGAAGCCAUAUCAAUAGCCUUCCCCAAUCUGCACACGUUAUGCAUAUAUGGCGUCUAUGAUAGACAGUCACAUGCUGCUCAAAGCCUCGUCCGCGGCCUGACAUCUAGAGUCUGGGCCCACCUAGAGCGAGUAAGGUUGCCCGAUUGGGACGAUGCUGAAUCUGUAUGGGAAGUCGGGAGCAGACGGAUAGAAGGAAGUAGCCGACGCGGCGCGGUGAAUACACGAGGCAUAUCAUGGACAGCUUGA